UUCACCAAAAAAGAAUAUUCCUUGCAUCAUUCCUGCCGCUGAAUCAACCAAUCAAUUACUGUUAUCGGCGACCCACCUUGAAGAAAUUCAUGUUUACUACUUCGUACUCAUUCAAUUUCAAUGUGAGUUUUCAUGCACAUGCUAUUUACUUUCUCUUCGUCAGGACCCAGGAUUAGAUGAUUUCACAAUCAAUUUCUGCCUGUGCCCCUUUGUCAUUUUGCCCAUGUAAAUUCGAUGGCUUACAGCAUCAAAAGAUAUCGAAUCUUUUCUUUCUUAGUUGUUGUGCUAAGAGUAGAAAAAGAUCGGCUGCUGGAAUUGUUCCUUGGAAGAAGAAUUCUCUGCCCAAGAUAUCUGUCUUUGUUUGCUCUUUCCCAACUGAUGGCCCUCAAGAUAGUAAUUUGAACCUGAGAGUCGCCAAUUCUGCAGCAAGGGGAGCCAAGAAUUUCGUAGUGAAGACGUUCUCCAAGGAACAAUAUGAUGAGGAAGAAGAUUUAUCCCAACAAUCCGAGGGUAACAUCCAUGUGUCGAGUCAUUCGAACAAUUUCACUAGCUUUCAAGAAGAUCCUAUAGUUUAUAACCUGAGAACUCAACUGGGGGUUAUACACCCUAUUCCAUCACCUCCAAUUAAUCGAAAUAUUGUGGGCCUAUUUGUUUUCUUCUUCUUUGUUGGGGUUGCAUUUGACAAAAUCUGGUCAUUAAGGAAGAGGAAGAAGAAGUCAGCUGACGAGAUUCGUCCAGGUGCUUGGCCCCAGGUUCCUACUAGCUUCUCAUUGUUUCUAGAAAAGGAUUUGCAGAGAAAGGAAUCUGUUGAAUGGGUGAACAUGGUUUUGGGGAAGUUGUGGAAGGUCUACAGAGCUGAGAUUGAAAACUGGAUUAUUGGCUUGCUUCAGCCUAUAAUUGAUAAUCUGAAAAAACCUGAUUAUGUAAAGAGAGUUGAAAUAAAGCAGUUUUCUUUGGGAGACGAACCAUUGUCAGUCAGGAAUGUGGAGCGCAGAACUUCUCGCCGAGACAACGAUCUACAGUACCAAAUAGGCCUCCGUUAUACAGGUGGUGCUCGUAUGCUGUUAAUGCUUUCUCUGAAAUUUAGUGUUAUUCCCAUUGUGGUGCCAGUUGGAGUACGAGAUUUUGACAUUGAUGGUGAACUGUGGGUAAAAUUAAGAUUAAUACCAUCACAGCCUUGGGUAGGAGCUGCUUCAUGGGCCUUUGUCUCACUUCCGAAGAUCAAGUUUGAGCUGUCACCAUUUCGUUUGUUCAACAUUAUGGCAAUUCCUGUUCUUUCUAUGUUCUUGACUAAACUUCUCACAGAGGAUUUGCCUAGACUUUUUGUACGUCCAAAGAAGAUUGUUCUUGAUUUUGAGAAGGGAAAAGCAGUUGGUCCUGUUCCAAAUUAUCUCAAAACUGGAGAGUUGAUAGAAGAGAGCAAGGACUUUGUUGGAGAACUGUCUGUCACACUUGUGGAUGCUAGAAACCUUUCUUAUAUUUUUUAUGGGAAAACUGAUCCAUAUGUGACUUUAAGCCUUGGAGAUCAGCUUAUACGUAGUAAAAAAAACAGUCAAACCACUGUCACCGGCCCUCCAGGGAAACCAAUUUGGAACCAGGAUUUUCAUAUGCUAGUUACAAACCCUAGAAAACAGAAGUUGUAUAUACAAGUAAAAGAUUCCCUUGGAUUCACAGAUUUGACAGUUGGUACAGGAGAGGUUGAUAUUGCAUCUCUUAAGGAUACAGUUCCAACAGAUAGGAUUGUAGUUCUUCGUGGUGGUUGGGGACUAUUUAGAAAAGGAUCUUCCGGAGAAAUACUUGUUCGAUUAACAUAUAAAGCUUAUGUGGAGGAUGAAGAAGAUGAGAAAACUGAGGCAGAUACAGAUGCUUCAGAUGACGAGUUAUCUGAUUCAGAUGAAUCUGAUUCAAGGAAUGAACGGGACUUCAGUGGAGCAGAUAAAGAAUCACUCAUGGAUGUUUUAGCUGCUUUGAUUAUCAGCGAGGAAUUUCAAGGGAUCGUGUCAUCUGAAACAGGCAAAUCUACUGAAGAUUCUAGAAAUGUAGUCUCUAAGUUCUCUAAGGCGUCGUCUAAGGCACCUGUUCUUGGUCUUGAAUCCACGGCCUCAGUUCUUGACACUGGUUCCAAACUUUCUAUAGGGUCUCCCUUGGUAUGGCUUACUGUAAUCACAAGUCUCACGCUGCUUAUUGCCCUAAGCAUGGGCGGUUCUAAUCUUUUCAACCCCUGAGAUCCUUUGAGAGAGAUUUAAAAUGCAGGAUGACUUAUACACAACAAAACAACAUAUCAUCAGCAAAUGAGCUUGAUUGGAAAUGUUUUAUUCAGUUUGCGUCAUUAGAGCUGCCUACACUUCUUCACUGGAUGCAAACAAGUGCAAUGAGUUCCAUGUUUAAUCCUGAAUAUGUGUGGAAAUAUGCUUUUGUGGGUUAUAUAUUCCUCCAUAUUCUUUUUUGUACCAUAGAUAGGCUACAAGAUGAGAUUCAUUUUUGGCAGACAGGAGUACAAAAUAGUGUAAAUGAAUGUAAUAUGUUCUCUCAUCCAUUUAUCAAUAAUGUUCUUUUUCCAUUUACCUGCCUGAAAUUGGUUGAGGACUAGAGAAAUUUAAGUCAAAACCUAUUUGAAUAAUUUGAAUUGAAGGCCAUCAUCACAUUGAUGAAUACAUAUAUACUUGUU